AUGAUGAUGGAGCGUGGAGUGUAUGGGCUGGCGGGAUUUCUCAAAGCCUCGAAGGAGUUGCGAAUCCUAUGGUCAGAGCCUUAUUUGUCAAGGUUAUGGUGUGUCUUUGAAGUUGCGGCAUACAGAACAGCAAAUCCAUCUGGCAAGAUCACACUUGCCCCGCUAUUUGUGGAGGCUGCCGUCGCUGA